GCCGACGUCAUUACCACCGGGGGGUAAAACUGCCUGCCCCGCACAAUUGUUCAGGGCCUUGGCUGCAACGAUCCGGGUGCUCUGCACUCAGGCUCUGAUUCUGAGGUGGCAGUCAGUUAGGUGGGCAAAGGCAGCUGGUACCCAACCCGGUUUUAUCCAUCACAUGUGGCCGUCACCCGCCUAUUUCUUCUUUUUUGUUCGGUUGAACACCUUGAUCUUGCCCAAUCCCAUCACGAAACAACGAUUCAGCAUCAUCGAGUCAGUGCAACAAAACUAAUAUUUGUUGCAUUUCCAUUAGCUUGCGAAUCUCUUCAUCGCAGGCAUAAACAACACAAUACCGAGCAGGAGAUUAUUCUUGUCAAUCAGCAAAAAUGUCAUACGCCGAAGUUGCGUCCAAGGGGGCCAAGCAGUCAGCGGCAGAGGCCGCGGCCCCGCAACCCCCGCAAGUCGACGCCGGCACGGCCUCGUCGACCGGCUCCCUGAUCGACGUCGACACGCCGUCGGUGCACACGGUGCCGUCGGACUUUGAGUCGCAGGAGAUCAAGACGGACACCCAGGCCGCGCGCGUCGAGCGUGAGGAGGAGGAGGAAGAAGAAGAAGAGGAAGAGGAAGAGGAGGAGGAGAAGAAGCGGCAGGAGGCCGACCGCAAGAAGAAGCGCAAGCUCGCCGAGGAGGCGGCCGCCAAGAAGCGGCGGGCCGAGGGCUGGCUCGCGAGACAUAUCGAUGGUAUGCGUGCUGGCGGUGCGGGUGCGGCCGUGUCGGUUGCGAAUAUUGUCGCUGUCGUCGGCUUGAGUGGCUGGCUGGGGUUCCGCGCGUGGGGCCUGUAUGACCGUGGCCGCUUCGGGUGGAAGGAGGCUGGUCUCGGGCUCGGCGUAUUGAGCGCUGUGGGUGUUGUGGAGGGUGUUUUCCUGAACUACUUCUCCAAGGGCAAGGGCAAGGACCACUAAACGCUCGGGAGCUCACCAAGAUCGUACCCCGUCUCGACGACGACAUGGCAGCAAACGAGGAUGGUUCAUUCCGGUGACGGUUCGUCCGGUUAUCUGGGUUUCGGUUGACGAUGGCGCGGAUUACGCAUCUCUUCUCAAACAUUCUCAUCUCUCUUUGGGCGUUCUCGUUAGUCCUAUUCGCAGCCGUGCGUGUAUCUGGUCUUCCGCUAUGGCGUUGCUAAAUUCGGGAUUGCCUUCUUACCAUGACUCAGAGAAUGUACAUCACCCCAACGGGUGAUGUGAUGCAGUGUUCCAGAUGCCACGUUUCCGGCCUCGCCGGGAAGGACCUCGACGAGUGAGAUCCAGUGUUACCAUGCGGACCAUGCAGGCGGCCACAACAGCACUGACCCAGUCCAGAA